AUGAAAUCACACCUGCGGUACUCAAGACCAAGGACGUCAGCGUUCUGGCGAAAGGAAGCUCAUGUCGAAACGCAGUAUUCGCGCCAUUUCCUGCAGACGUGCUUCCUCGACGGCGCCAGCAACAGGACUGACUGCUGGGCUCUCGUCGCUGGUGGCCCGUGCUGGUGCGGUGGGCGGGGCCCGAGGCACGCCCAUCGCAACAAGUUGCACCCCACUCCGUCCGCGGAUAGGGAUUUCGUAAGCGGAUCUCUUAAGGCCGUUCUACACUUCUCGCGU